CAUUAUGCAUUAAUCAAAGUUAACAUUUUGUGUAUCCACCAGUUUUAAGAAUUCAUGAAUGUGUUUAAUAUCAAUUGUACAUAUUUGGCACAAAUGUAAUCCUCUAGUUACCUUUUUUAUAACAUAGAUUGGUCUAUAACUGUUUCUCUCACUUUCUCAGUACUGCAAAAUUUUCCAGCGCCUGCUUAGCAGUUAUCGCGAGAAUUUUAGUCAUGCAAAAACCCAGUAGCGGAGCAAGGAUGGAUGUUGUUGCAAUAGCAAAGGGAGACAAACUCAUAUUGAGGGGGUUGAAGUUGCAUGGGUAUCAUGGGGUGAAGCCAGAGGAAAGGACGCUGGGUCAGAAGUUCUUGGUGGAUGUUGAUGCCUGGUUGGACCUUCGGCAGGCUGGUAAAUCUGAUUGCUUGUCAGAUACUAUUAGUUAUACUGAUAUUUACCGAAUAGUUGAAGAAAUUGUGGAAGGACCUGCUCAGAAUCUUCUAGAGUCAGUGGCUCAACGCAUUGCGUCUGCCACUUUUACGAAGCACCCCCAGAUCUCUGCUAUUCGUGUGAAAGUUGGAAAGCCUCAUGUUGCUGUUCCUGGUUCUGUUGACUACUUGGGUGUUGAGAUUCUUAGAUACAGAAGUGUAGAUGCAUCAAACUGAACUCAUUAUUUAUACACAGUUUCCCUUUGUCCCCGACUCCCUUUUUGAGACCUGAAAAAAAUAGAGGGGGAUGUUGCAUGUGUUGCUUAAAAUUUCUUGCCUGAGUUUGAAUUGGUGCUAGCAAUUGAUUUAUGAGGUUGCAGUUCUUUCUUAGUGCCUACCUAAAUUUUAUGUAUUUUCUUUCAUUCUUUGUUUACUUGGCCUCCACCUUGGAAUUUAUCUAGUCCCUUGUCUCGCAGUUCCUGGCACCAACAUUUGGAUCAGUUUUCUAUAAGAGAUCAUACGUACGUGGGAUUGGGAAAUGUAUCUAGAUUU